AUGACCGAGAUGAGGAAAGAGUUCACAACACAUUCCGCUGCGGAAGAUUGGAAAGUUGGGCUUUUGGCCAAGAUUCUAGAACGAGCGGCAGUUGUAGCUGUGGCGGUAACCGUGCUUUCCCCACCACCACCUCCUUCCUCAGUACUAGUAGAGGUUUCGCUGGAAGUUGACGAUGAAGAGGUCUCGGAGGAGGAAGAUGAUGAUGAUUCCGAGGAAGAUGAAGAUGAUUCUGAGGACGAGGAAGAUGAGGCUGAUGACGAAGAAGUUCCCGUGGAAGAGGGAGACUCUGUCAUAGUGGAACCUCCUCCUACACCACCUACGCCGGCGACACCUAUAGGUCCUGAUGCGGUAGAACUAAUGGCAGCUUGCGACGAGGCAGAUUCGUAA